CCUCCAAAGAUUAGGCGGGAGGCUGGGCGCCGCCCGCGCAUGCAGCGCGUACGUUACAUCACAGUCCGCGUGCGACUCUCAGACGCGACACACGCCACCAUGCCGCGAAACGACGAAGCCCGAGGCGUGAGCGGAGCCAUCCGCAUGUACUGGCGCGCGGUACUAGGUGAGCUGGUGGCGACAGCGUUGCUGGUGCUGCUGGGCAUCGCGUCAUUGGUGCCUAAGAUCUCACAGACUGACACACUAAUAGGCCCGCCUUUGGCGCACCCGGCUCUGGCUUUUGGCUUCGUUGUGCUGUGUCUAGUGCAGGCAUUCGGCGAAGUAUCCGGCGCGCACAUGAACCCAGCCAUCACUCUGGCGUCUACGCUGCUUGGCCGCACGCCAAUCGUGCUAGCCGUGGCGUACACGAUCGCGCAAAUGAUAGGCGCCACACUUGGUUAUGCCGCGCUAUACUCUAUAACGCCACAGAGAAUUCUAAACGAAAUACCAGCGCUAGGCGUGACGCUACCAGCGAAUGGAUUCAGCCCCCUGGCCGCGACGGUAGUUGAGGCCCUGAUCACUGGUCUCGUGAUACUUCUGGCUUGCGCGCUGUGGACGGGCAAGCAUGAUCCCUCCGCGUCGAUCAAGUUUGGACUUGUCGUAGCUGGAUGUGUGUACGUUGGGGGUGAAAUGACCGGAGCCAGUCUCAACCCAGCACGUAGCUUUGGACCUGCGUUGGUCACACAGCAUUGGGAAUACCUAUGGGUAUACUGGGUAGGCCCGCUGGCCGGAGCGGCGCUCUUCGCGCUCCUGCACAAGUACGUGCUCGCACCGCAGGCGCACAAGCCUCCGCCGCCGGCUCGCGAAGAACUGCCGCUGAACGACAAGAAUAACUGCUAACGCGGUUUAAAAAGAGAACUGGAGCCCGUUUCUCUAAAGCUUGUAACUUGUAAUACAAGCGGAUGUCACUUUUUGACAGCUUUUGUUAGAAAGGGACUUCCAUUUGUAUUACAAGUUACAAGCUUUUGAGAAACGGGCCCCUGGGUGCGAAGCCUACGUGCAAUUGUUAACGCUCUGUUGCGAACGAAACGCAACUGUCCCUAGUGUGGAAGACUACGAUACGCUACGGAGCGUUAACGUUUGGCACGUUGGCUACGUGCCUGUAUAUAGGUAUAGUUACCAAACUGAGAAACAUAAUCACCUUUUUCGAAUAAGCUGUGUUUUUAAAGUCUGGUAAGAACAUUUUGUCAGUAGAAAAAGGCGCGAAAUCAAUCCUUCUUUUGUACAAAUGCACUAAUAUGAGAGAUCAGUCUGAUAAAUUGGAUCAAUCUAAUUAUAAUUUCAGUACAUAUGUUCGUGCGGGCGUUGUAAUGUAUGUAUUCUUAUAAGCCACGUCACACUGUACCGCAUGUCGUGGUGACAUCUCUAACGCCUUGGGUAUUAGCAGUAUUAGUGAAUGCUAACGUACACACAUUAGAACGAAUCAGAAGUACAAGAUUUAAUAAUCAUUUAAUUUUCAUAAUAAUAGUGUUGAAAUUGGUGUGUACUACUAGUACAUAUUAAUUGAAUAGGUACCUACAUUGAAUUGUCUGACACGAACGCGUAGAAUAAAAAAACACCUGUUAUAAUAUUAUUAAUCUUAUUGUAUCAAAUAGGUCUAUUUCUAAUUUCAACUGUUAUACCUCUACAUAAACGAUUGAAUUUCGAAUGCAGAUCUAUGUUGAUUUUUAUAUUUUUAAGUAUGCCAACGAAAAUUUACAUUCGGGUGAAAUUCAAAAGAAAUAAGUAUACAUAACCAUCAUUUAUUGAACUUAAUUAUACGAUUAAUUAAGUAUAUCAAUGACUAAGCUUCUUAGGAAUUCACCCUUCGUGAAUAGUAUAAUAUUAAUCGGAUUUUUUCGAUACUGUCUCAAAAUGCUGUAAAUAUUGUUGUGGUUUAUAUUUUUAUAAGAUUUGUUUUGACAAUAAAAUACU